AGUCAUCAUGCCUUUGCUCGAUAAAGUGCCCGGCGAUCUCAAGCUCUAUAUCGGAGGCUUAAACACAUGUAUUGACUUGCCUUCAGGNAUUUUUACUCUACGCCGCAAAGAUCAACUCGCCGAAGCUGGCAUCACACAUGUGCUGUCUGUGUUGAGGCUCCCGCUCGACGAGAAGCUUUUCGAAGGAUACAAGCAUAUGUUAGUUGAGGUUGAUGAUGUCGAAGAUGAGAACCUGCUUGAGCACUUCCCGGCGGCUACCAAGUUUAUCGAAGAUGGUCUUGCGUCCGGAGGCGCAGUCCUUCGCUGGGUCUAUCAGCGUGAAGUGGAGAUGAGCCGUGCUUGCGGACAAGCACCAGAGGCAGAGAAGAUUCGCUUCGAGGAUGAGCAUGUGACAGCGAAGGAUGAAGGUGGAUUUGAGAUGCGAUGCCGAAAGUGCAGACGCACCCUGGCAACAUCGCAAUUCCUGAUAGCUCACCAGGCUCAACGAGGCCCGGCUGAUUCUUGCACGCACUACUUCCUUGAUCCUCUAUCGUGGAUGCGACCGGAGCUGGAGAAGGGAGAGGUGGAAGGAAGGUUGGAAUGCCCCAAUGCCAAAUGCAAAGCCAAUGUGGGCAAAUAUGCAUGGCAGGGCAUGCGAUGCAGUUGUGGAGAGUGGAUAGUGCCGGCUAUCAGUUUGUCGAAAGGCAGGAUCGAUGAGGCUAAGAAGAAGGCUGUCGACCCUAGCGCCAUGGGUAUCCGUAUGCCGGCGACAGCAAACCCAAGAGGCCCUGGGCAAAAUAAUCUC